UCGAUUGCAUUGAUGCCCGCGGUGGGCAGUGCCUGCAGUACCUGCUUUGGCGGUGCACUGGCGUGAGCGCGACGCGUUUUCAGACAACUCAGACAACAUGGGCUGCAUGUGUGCCAAGUCGGAGCCGCUCAGCAGCGCCAGCAACGGCGGUCUGGGCAUCCAGAACAAAGUGUACGACGGGCCGAAGCCCGUCCUGUACUACCUGAGCGCCUCGCCGCCCUGCCGCUCCGUGCUGGUGACCGCGCGCCAAAUCGGAUUGGACCUGGACAUCCGCACCGUCAACAUCCUGGCCGGCGAGCACCUCGCCGAGGACUUCGUCAAGUUGAACCCCGAGCACACUAUACCCACACUCGACGACGGCGGCUUCGUCCUGUGGGAAAGCCGUGCCAUCUGCACGUACCUCGUGACCAAGUACGCGGCCCGCGACGACCUGUACCCCAAGGACGAGAAGAAGAGAGCCAUGGUGGACCGUAGGCUGUACUUCGACGCCACCACACUGUACGGCGCCAUCAUCAGCCUCACAAAACCCAUCAUCAUGCGGGUGGAGACGCAAGCGACCGAGGCGAAGAAGAAGCCCGUCCUGGACGCGCUGCAGCAGCUCGAGAAGUACCUGGCGGACUCGGCGUGGGUGGCGGGGGACAGCCUCACCGUGGCGGACACGGUCAUCGUGGCCUCGGUGGCCAGCGCGCAGGCGAUCGGCGUGGACCUGGCGCAGUACCCCAACAUCGCGGGCUGGUUCGAGCGGUGCAAGACCCAGCUGCGGGGCUUCCAGGAGAACGCCGAGGGCGCCGCCAUGUACGGCCAGUUCGUGCAAAGCCUGCUCGGGGCGCCGGCCUUCCCCUAGGUCUGCCCUCCUGCCCUGUCCCCCCUCUACCUCCCCCCAGGUGCGGAUCCAGGAUUCGUGUAAGGAGAGGAUGACGCGGCGCUUUUUGCCUACUUGCAGAGUGAGGUUUGCCUACCUUCCCAUCAGCCAGAUUACGCGAGUCGUUUCUGCCGCUGUCUCGCUCGCACCCAUAGGGGACGCCCCAUGAGAGCGAGAGAGACAGAGCGACGAAAAACGACUCUCGGAAUGAGUCUGCAGACGGCUUCCGUCCAAGGAGGGGGUAGUUGCCCCCUUUGCAGCGCCCUGGAUCCGCUCCUCCCUUUUCCUUCCCAGCCCCCUUGUCGUUGAUCUGUUUCUCCUCACAGACGACAGUGCGCACUGUGGUUUCUGAGGUCAGUGUAAAUAAUAAACCAGAAAAAAUUA